AGCACCGAUGCUGCUACGGAGCUCCUCCACGCCAUACCUGCACUCCUUCCUCUCCUCCUCCUCCACAUCCUCCCCUUCCUCUCUCCACCUCCGGCGAGCCUUCUCCGACGGCCACCUCCCGUCCCUCAACCCCAACGACGACAACAAGACAACCGGCCUCCACACCGAGCUCUCCUUCUCCAUCUACAACACCUUCAGCAGCAAGGCACCACCGCCCGUCCAGAUGGAGCCCCACCACGAGCAAGAGCUGGAGGACGAUCAGGAGGACCAGACGCUGGCGGUGCAGCCGGAAUUGCCGGAGCUGCCGCUGUUCCUGGCGAGAGGCGUGGGGAUCGACCGCAUAGCUUCCGGCCUCUUCACCGCCGGCAUGGAUUCCCAGGCCGCCGUCACUAGGAUGGUGAGCGGCGUGGACGAGAUGGUCGUGAUGGCGCUGGACGCCCAGUACAAGGAGAUGGUGGACGAGCAGCCCGGAAACGCGCUGUUCCUGCGAAACUACGCGCAGUUCCUCCACGAGGUGAAGGGCGACCCCAGGAGGGCCGAGGAGUACUACUCGCGCGCCAUGCUCGCCGACCCGAGCGACGGCGAGAUCAUGUCGCAGUACGCCAAGCUGGUGUGGGCGGUGCACCGUGACCACGAGAGGUCCCUCGCCUACUUCCAGAAGUCGGUGCAGGCAUCCCCGCGGAACAGCCACGUCCUCGCGGCGUACGCCAGCUUCCUGUGGGAGCAGGACGACGACGACGAUCUCGAUGUCGGAGAAGGCGAGCAAGGAGCGCCGGAGUCUCCAGCUGCACAGACAAUGCAGGUUGCUUCUGCGGCCGUUUGA